AUGAAGACAUUGGCAAUUAUCUUGCUAGUGGUUUGUGCCGUCGUGGUUACGGUACCAGUGGAGGGUCGGAAUGUCAUAGAUUACGGUGUCAUUAACGAAUGCUAUGGUCCUAAUCCUCCUCCGGGAUGCCAUCCUCCAGGCGCUAAGAACCGUGUUCCCGCUAACGACUACCACCGUGGCUGUACUAAAGUUAACCGUUGCUACCGAGAAUGA